CACAGAAUCUGAAAUUGGCCUAAAAACAACUCUACAACACGAAUGAAAAAUGUAGAAGAUUAUUUAAUUCAUUCAAGUUGGAGUGACAACUUAUAUAUCUUGGAAUGGAUAAGUAUCUUAGCUCGUCAAUCAAAUUUGGUAACCAUGGAUACACCAUGCGUCCCACAUGCAUGCAAACUUAUAUUUGAAAAAAAAAAAAAUAUAUAUAUAUAUAUAUAUAUAUAUGUACACACACACAAAUUGACUGUACCUACACACAGAUCCACCACGUACGGCACCACCCCUCCAUUAGCUUGUUACUUCAGAAUCUCACGUAAUUCCUUGAAAUUUUCAGACUCCUCCAAAAUUUUCCCUCAACCUCGUUAAAGCCAAUCUUGUCCUCAAGCUUUCACAUUGUUGUUUCUAAAUUUGGCAAGUUCGUUUCUCACCGCCAUUGGACAUGGUUGUUAAAAUAUGGACUUAACUUAGUUACAGAGUCUUCAUAUCAAUAGAGACGCGAAUAUUUCAACUAUGGUAGAGUUCGAUGGAGAAGUUGAUACUGUAAGGGUUGGGAUAGCUGUAGAAGAUGAGGAAGCAGCUGAAGAUCACAUCAGCUACGAAGAGCUCAAGAAGCGAAUGUGGAAGCAUCGUAUUCGCUUAUAAAAGCUCAAAGAUGGAAAUAUCAUUGAGGACGAAGAAGACCGUGAAGAUGAGAAGUUGUUGGCAAAGCAAGAAGUGUCUUGUCGAAAGAAAAUGGCAAGAUCCCAAGAUUCGAUACUGAAAUACAUGGUGAAAAUCAUGGAGGUAUGCAAAGCAAAGGGCUUUGUGUAUGGGAUUGUGCCUGAGAAGGGAAAACCAAUGACGGGCUCCUCUGUUAGCUUAAGAAAGUGGUGGAAAGACAAAGUGAGAUUUGACCAAAACGCCCCCAUUGCAAUAUCCGAGCAUCUGCCAGCUCUGAUUUUUGAACAAGGUGAGUUGGAUCAUGGCUCUUAUGCUCAUUUGCUUCAUGAACUGCAAGACACUACUUUGGGGUCUCUUCUUUCUGCUCUGAUGCAGCACUGCAUGCCGCCACAGCGGAGGUUCCCGCUGGCUCCUCCUUGGUGGCCCACGGGGGAGGAGAUGUGGUGGGGGGACCAAGGGAUUUCUGUAGAGCAUGGCGCUCCUCCUUAUCGGAAGCCCCACGAUCUUAAAAAGGCAUGGAAAGUGAGUGCCUUGGCUGCUUUGAUCAAACACAUGGCCCCUAAUUCAGAUAAAGUGAGAAAGCUUGUGAGGCAAAGCAAGUGUUUGCAAGAUAAGAUGACUGCUAUUUUGUCCAAAGUGGUUAACCAAGAAGAAUCAUUUAUACAAAUUACUGAGAAAUGCCUCACAAUCUCUGAUCACUCAAAUAAAAAGGUUAAGAAUAUGAAGUGGCCUGCUACUGCUAGCAGAAAAAGGAAGUUGAUGAGUACUGAUUUGGGAUUAGGGUUUGUGGAUAAGAAAUCAGGGGCAGACAAUGAUCAAGAUCAAGAUUAAACACUGUGUGUUUAUGAGCAAAAUAAUGUUUCUGAUUUUUUGGCUAAGGGAACAUCAUGUGCUUUAUUAGAUGAUUGUCCCUCAAAUGAUAGUGGUGUUGUCAGUGUAGUGGAUUGGAUCUAUAUGGAGCUAGACAAGGUCAAUCAGAUUGAUCACAACAAUGGUGCACUUGUAAUCAAUGAGCAAGUUGGUGGGGAGGUGUCUGGUACUAAAGUGGGAGGCUAUGGAUCAGCAAGCUAUUGGGGAAGUGGUAUUUAUGAUGAUGAUGAUCUAGCUAUGGAUGGAGCAUUUGAGAUCGGAAGGGGAAACAUGGAUUCGAAUCUUUCUUCUGAAGAGAUGUUACAUAACGACCACGAUACAACUUCUUUUUGGAUUUGGGAUAUGAGUAAUUAG